AUGGCGAUGGCAAGGAUGCCCAUCCUCGUUGCCGUGGCUCUCGUGGCCGCAGUGGCCUCCUGCAGCGCGUGGGAGCCUAACAUCUGUAGGCCGAUGGCGGAGGUUGCGGCGACUGCUGUAGAUGACGCCGUGGUGCCACUCAUCCACGCGUUGCGGCCGCUGCUGGGCUCCGGCGGGCAGCUCGGCAGCCACGGCGGAGUGCCGUGCGACAGCUGGCGGCUGGGCGUGGAGGCGUAUAACGUGCGGGACUGGAAGACGGUCCCCGCCAACUGCGAGGGAUACGUGGGCCACUACAUGCUCAGCAGCCACUACCGCCGCGACUCCAAGGUCGUCAUCGACCAGGCCAUCACCUACCUUGACAGCCUCAGGCUCGCCGGCAAUGGCAACGAGGAUAUUGCAUCGAUGCAUGCAACUAGCUAUGCACGUGAGCAUGUCACAGAUGCUAGCCUGGACGCGGACGGAGACGAAGAGUCCGGCCAACCGACUCGUGGUCGCACAAAUCGCAGAGGCGUGCGGGACGACGAGGUGGUGGCCGGUGUAGUCUCAGCAAAGGAUGAAAUAGAGGCGCGCGUAGAUGUCGACGGGGCGGGCGACGCAGACCGAUCUAUAGACUGGAAAACCAAAAAGAACACCGAUCAACUGCUCGCAGUGGGCAUCAAGCCGGUGUUCCUAACAGGCCGGACCGAGGACCAGAGGGCCAUCACAGUUGCCAACCUCCGCCGCCAGGGCAUCUCUGCAUGGAUGAACCUGCUGCUCAAGCAACCAGGGUUCAAGGGCUCCGCAGUGACCUACAAAUCCGGCGAGAGGCAACAGCUGCAGGACGCUGGGUAUGUCAUCGUGGGAAACAUCGGCGACCAGUGGAGCGACAUCCUUGGCGCGCCUGAGGGCGCUCGCACCUUCAAGUUGCCCGACCCCAUGUACUACAUCGGUUAG